AUGUCUGAUUUCUUGGCCUGGGCCUUGAUCGUCCUUACGACCACGGCGCUCUUCAAGCAGGUCUACGGUUACCCAGCCCUUCAGCCGAAUCUACUGCGACCACCAGUCACCCCUCCCCUGCCUGAUCUUACGCCACUGGCAGCUGACGAUGUUGAAUACACCCUCGCGGACAAUGAGGAAAGACCAACCACCAGCAGCCUAGGCAUCCACUACGGUGAAUGCUACUAUAUCAAAGACGUCAACAGCGGCAAGACACGCGGCUCGGAUGGCGGCGUAUACAGUUACUACAAGUUCGGAAGCGCACGACGAACCUUCCAAGCUUGGAACACACGGUCAUUCCCAAACCCCGCCGAUGCAGGCAGUACCCAGACGAAUGGGGGCAGUUGGGUAGCCACCAAAUUAGGCGGCUACACCUAUCCUGGCUUCGGCGGGUACUGGUACUAUUUGCAUUUCAAGGGAUAUCGGACGCAUAAGCGGCCUCAUGGGGGAACUGCUGUGACGUUAGGGCUUGCUCAGGUUGAGCCUCCGUCUCCGUUGCCGAAUUAUCGCGGUCUCAAGGUCUCGAGGGAUUAUAUCUGGAAUGAGGACAACGAGGAUACUAUCGAUGUUAUCUUCGUGUCGACAGGUUGCCAUGAUGAUGAUAAUGAUGCCGUCGAUGUGUAA